UAUAAUAUAAUAUAAUAUAGGGCUGCAGUGUGGAGUAGUGGUUAGGGCUCUGGACUCUUGACUGGAGGGUCGUGGGUUCAAUCCCAGGUGGGGGGACACUGCUGCUGUACCCUUGAGCAAGGUACUUUACCUAGAUUGCUCCAGUAAAAACCCAGGCUGUGUGGUCCAGUGGUUAAAGAAAAGAGCUUGUAACCAGGAGGUCCCCGGUUCAAAUCCCACCUCAGCCACUGACUCAUUGUGUGACCCUGAGCAAGUCACUUAACCUCCUUGUGCUCCGUCUUUCGGGUGAGACAUAACUGUAAGUGACUCUGCAGCUGAUGCAUAGUUCACACACCCUAGUCUCUGUAAAUCGCCUUGGAUAAAGGCGUCUGCUAAAUAAACAAAUAAUAAUAAUAAUAAUAAAUGGGUAAUUGUAUGUAAAAAUAAUGUGAUAUCUUGUAACAAUUGUAAGUCGCCCUGGAUAAGGGCGUCUGCUAAGAAAUAAAUAAUAAUAUAAUAUAAAAAAUGGGCAUCUUAGUAAUCAAAGCCCUUCAUACAUGUGUUAUGCAGUGGGCCAUUUGCUUUCAUUUUGCACACAGUGGAAAUACAGGCCAACGUGUCAAAGAUGUAUUUGGUUUCUCUUGACAGAGAUGUGAGGGUGGUGCACUGUAAUCACGUCUCUAUAAGACAGAUUGCACAUGCGAAAUGGUUUUUGUCUAUAUAAAUAUAGCGUCUUGAGUGGAUUGCACGUUUCACUACACAGCCUGGCCACCCUUUUGCAUUGUCAUUGUUUGCGCUUGCAUGACCUGUCUCUUUGUACAGCAAACACUGUACUAUAGAUUGCAACACUCUCACCUCACCCCACAGAAUGACAACUAGAUCUCCAUUUUUUGUUGAAAGAUCAGUGUGUUGGAUUUCUAUAAUCUAUAGUGAGAACAGGUCUAAACGGGGCUGACUGGGGUUCUUCUGCGUGGAUAAUCUGAUUACUGGGGAAGGCUGGGUUCCAGUUACAUUAGUAUAAACUGGCAGAAGUCAGAAGUGAUGGACUUUUUCACAGGCCAAAAAAACCACAGUGGUUGGAACGCGUGACGUUGCAGUGCUGGCACAGCAGGAUGGUUGCUGUGGUACACUUCCUGAUGCGGUGACGCUUGGCUCUUUUGAGGACAGACUGGGAAAACCUUCAGAGGAGAAGGACAAGACAGAGAAGACUGCAUAUUCAAACCCAGGGUCGCUUUGGGAUGCCAGAGGAUGCGGUGUGUGAGCUGAGCAGCGCUGGCAGAGCAGUGGCAGACGCGGAGCUACUGAUUCCUGCAUGGAUUGGAAUGGGGAAGGCAUCUGCCUGCAAUAACAACACACUGCAAACCAAGAGAAGCUCAGUGGUCUGGAGACUGCUGCUCACCCUCCUCUUCGUCAAGCAAGCGUCAGCCCAGUGCAGGAUCCUGCGAUGUAACUCAGAGUUUGUUGCCGCCACGCUGGACCUGGGCGACGGGGCGGGGGGCAACGCCCGCUACUGCAGUGCCCUGCGUUCGUACGCCCUCUGUACCCGCCGCACCUCCCGUGCCUGCCGGGGAGACCUAGCCUACCACUCUGCAGUGCAGGGCAUUGAGGACCUCAUGAUCCAGCAGCGCUGCCCCAAGACAGGGCCCACCUCCCGUCCAAGGCCCCAGGCUCCGCUUUCCAGCCACGAUGGGCGCCCAGCGGGGGACACCUGCAAUUACAACAGGAGCUUCUACUUCCGGGAGGGUCGGCUACCUUCCUAUUUCCACUGCGGGGUCUUUGGAGACCCCCAUAUCAGGACCUUUCAGGAUGACUUUCAGACCUGCAGAGUCAAGGGUGCCUGGCCCCUCAUAGACAACAACUAUCUGUAUGUGCAGGUCACCAGUACCCAUGUGGCAAAGGGGUCCAAUGCCACGGCGCUCACUAAGAUCACCAUCAUCUUCAAGAACUUUAAGGAGUGCAUCGACCAGCGGAUCUACCAGGCGGAGAUAAACAAUGUCCCUGCCGCCUUUAGCGAUGGAUCGACCAACGGCGGCAAGCGAAGGGGGGGAAACAGCCUGACCAUUGGGGGUCAACCGUCCGGACAACACAUUGAGAUCCAUGCGGUCUACAUCGGGACCACCAUCAUAGUGCGACAGAGUGGGGACUUCCUCGCCUUCUCCAUCCGCACGCCCCAGGAGGUAGCCAACUCCUUCUCUGAGGAACAGGACCUGCAGCUCUGCUUGAGCGGCUGUCCCUCUUCCCACAGGCUUCCCCCGCUGGUGUCUUCUGCGUCAAGCCUGCAGACGGCCAAGCUGAAGUGUGGGAGCGAACUGCCCAAAGAGGAUAUUUAUUUCCAGGCGUGCGUUUUCGACGUGGUGACCACUGGGGACACAAAUGUAACGAGGGCUUUGGCCGAAGCUUUGGAGGAUGCAAGAACAUUGAUCCCAGACGUGGAGCGUUUGCACCUUCAUGCAAGUUCUGCAAGCACAAACCCCAUCGCUCUCCCCGCGCUUUGGUUAAUCUUCCUCUUAGUCACAGCACAACUUUAACUGGAAUUAUUUAAUAGCACACCGUUCCUCCAGGAUGUUGGCAUGGAUGUAACGCAGAGACAGUACUUAGUGUGCGACUCAUAAUGUCCCCUCAAAAUAAUGUGCCUGGGGGUCCCCGAGUGGCUGACCUGGGAAAAGCAUGACUAUGUGGGGUGUGGGUUCACAUCCCGGCUGCGCAGUUGCCGAUCUUCACUGGGGAUCCCGGAGGGAGAGUCGCACGGGCGUGCCCGUGGGUUAGGGAGACAAAACCGGAAGGCAAUGUUUCUCCUCAUCUCGCUAACCCAGCUGGCCAGGCGCCUCGUAAACUCAACCAGAAACCUGCAGGGCUGGCCUUUGUCCUCCAGAGGGUGGUAGCUCGCUGACAGUUCCUGGGUGUGGAAGAGGAAGCUGGCUCGGUCGUGGGGUCGGAGGACGCCCGCUGAACCUUCGGUUCUCCUGAGCAGCUGUGUGGGGAAUCGCUGCGCUGAGAACAAAAUAAUCGGACAUUUAAAACUGGGGAGAACAUGGAGGGUAAUAUAAUUGGGCACUUUAAAAAAAAAAAAAAACAAUGUGCCUAAAGUGUGUCCUGGAGGGUCUGUAAGAAGAAGAAACUGAUUUGAAUACUCAUACUGCCAGCAAAUGUGCCGACAUCCACCAGGUCCAAUGGGAGUUUCAGAGGAUGGAGGCCUCUCUCACCCCAAUUCCAAUGGUGUUCUUGGAAUGACCUGUCUUAUAAGUUGUUAUGUACAGCUAAACUCAGCUCAUCUCCAGCUAAUGGGACCGCUCUGAACUCAGACUUAAAUACCUAUUCAGACUGGUACCAAUAUACAAAGUAGCCAGUACAGCGAGGUGCCACUGUAAACACUGCCAGGAAUAUAACUCUCUGAGUUUGUAAGAGGCUGUCCAUAUCUGUCUUGUGGAAUCUCCAUUUCAGACCCACGUCACCGUCAGCUGUACUAGUCUGUGGGCACUGUGAUUUACAAACUCAGUGUUGAUAUGAGGAAGAAUCUGAACCUGGGUUGUGCUGUACGUGCGACAUGUAGCUCUGGAUCUCAGGGGCUGGGUUCAGAUUCUAGAGCCGACACAAAAUGUGUAUCAUGUGCUCCGGUCCUUAUUGGGUGAAUCUUAAGCCUCUAGAUGACACAAUUUGUUAUAUAAACAUGCCAUUCAAAUUGAAGGUGAAUGUACAUAUUUUUUUUUGACAUGUGACUUUUUUCCUCAGGCCUAAUUUGUAAAUAAGAACGGAUUUUAUUUUAAAUGAUUGAAUAUAGGGAGGCUGAGCAGUAAACAGUCCAGGACUGGAAAAGAGAAAUGGGAUAUUGCUGUUAAUGUAGAAACAUUGCACGGGCUUAUAGCAAGCGUAGAUUCCCAUAGAGAAAUAUUUUCAUGCUAUGCUAAAAAAGCCUUUAGCAAAUAGUACGUAGCGCUACGUAAUUAUUUCAUUAGCUAUUACCCCUUUAAAUACAUAAUUAAACACAAUGCAUGGUACACCUGUAUAGCUGUUAAGCAGGGCAUACCUUUAGUUACUAUGCUUUACUACACCCUGAAGUAUUCCAUGCAAUGUCAUAAUUGGGCACUAGAGGGUGCUACAGUACCAUUCUUCCGGUUAUUAUUAUUAUUAUUAUUAUUAUUAUUUAUUUCUUAGCAGACGCCCUUAUCCAGGGCGACUUACAAUUGUUAUAAGAUAUCACAUUAUACAUUAUUUCACAUUAUACAGAUAUCACAUUAUUUUUACAUACAAUUACCAUUUAUACAGUUGGGUUUUUACUGGAGCAAUCUAGGUAAAGUACCUUGCUCAAGGGUACAACAGCAGUGUCCCCCACUGGGGAUUGAACCCACAACCCUCCGGUCAAGAGUCCAGAGCCCUAACCACUACUCCACACUGCUGCCCCGGUUACCUGGCAACGCAAUGCUCACCCCUGAAUAAGAACACCUGUCCGUCUCCGCUGUUUGUUGUCUGUUGGUUAUCCCUGGUGCACUGAGGCCCAUGCAGGUGAUAAAAAUGAAACGUAUUUCAAUUUUACAAAUGUAAUAUUUCAUGUAUUCUAAAUGUUUUCAAAAUGUUCACAUACAUGAAAGAAAAUGAACGAUAAAAACGAAGAAAAGGCACAGAAAAUGUCUUUCCCGUGAGUUUCCAGUUCUCAUGUGAAGAAGAGAGUGUUGGGGGUCUCUAAAGCUACCUGCAUGUCCAGCUCAUCCUUAUUAAAUACACAAAGAAACACUAGCCUGCUCUCUGUUUAUUCAACUGAGAAAAUGUUAAGAAGCACUUAAUAGAGUUAGAGGAUGGGGUUUGUCGGUGUAUUGGUAAUAUCGAAACAUGGCAAACCUGGGUAAACAAUGGUACAUGCAGAGUAUAACCAUGGGAAAAGCAUGGAGGGAAACGGCACAAUUAUACAGAAACACACGCUGUGCCAUCCUGCUACCUUACUCUGACUGUGGGACAGUUCAGGGAACGUGUUCAAUAUUGGGGUGUCCAGCACAGAGACUCUAAUAUCUGUAGCGUCCCUCUUCCCUCUGACGUUGUAGCUUCAAAGGUGUUUCAAAGGGAAGAAAAAACCUAUUCGAAAUGAAAAUUGUAUUUCAAGCUUAUUAAAAUCAAUUCCUUGCAUCUUAUUAGCUUUAUUAACAUUAGUCCCAUUUCUUGGUUGUUAUUAUUUCUUAGCAGAUGCCCUUAUCUAGGACAACUUACAAGAUAACACAUUAUUUUUACAUACAAUUAUCCAUUUACAGAGUUGGGUUUUUACUGGAGCAAUCUAGGUAAAGUACCUUGCUCAAGGGUACAGCAGCAGUGUCCCCCACCUGGGAUUGAACCCAAGAGUACAGAGCCCCUAACAACUACUCCACACUGCUGCCACAUUUCUUUCAUAGAUGAAAUGGUAGUCCAGAGAUUACAGACAAGGAGAAGGAGAGGUGAUACCUUUCAUUGGACUAACUAAAUAAUUAAUCAAGACCUCAAAGGUCUCUUCAUCAGGUGAAAACAGGAAAGAGAGAUUCAUGUUUACAUUCAAGGGGACUGACAAUGAGCGAGACUUUAUCAGGAAUUCACCAAAUAAUCUGUCAAAUCAAGCAUUAAAACACACAGGUAUUGAGACAACACAUAUGCCAGUUUUUCUGUAACUCAAAUAUAGUACUAAGCAUUGCAUUGUUAACAAUUCUGUUCAUUAUUACAAUUUAUUUUCAAUAUACAGAACAUUUAAAACACAUUUAAGAAUUAAAAACAUACAUUAAAAUCUAAUCUUGUGCUUUUAUUUCUCAAAAGUUGGGUGGAAAUCAUGUAUGAUUGAUAAAUGUGAUUGAGAUUAACCAAUAACAAUAGCUGUAAUGUUUUUGGGAGCUUGUCCCUAUUGACUCUAUAUUCAGACAGGAAUGUUUCAAUAUGCAGAGUGGGACAUUAACAGGAGUGAUAGUGAGUGAAUAUAUAAACUGAAAGCCUGAUGUUGCACUCAGCUCUAAGUAUUUUAUUUUAAAGCUCAACUCAAGGUUAUAGCUACACUGCCUAGUAUUGGGACAGGACAACGCAGCUCUGGGCAGCUUACAGGCUAGCCCACAGGUGCCCGGCCAGUCUAUAGGGGUCGCUAGUGUGCGGUGAGCCGAGGACACCCUGGCCGACCUAAGCCCUCUCCCCCGGGCGGUGCUUGGCCAAUUGUGUGCCACUUGGGAGUCCUAUAGGCAAAUAUUUUAAUGAGAAGGUAGCAGUGCUCCAAAAUGCUAUCCCUUGUCUAGGAAUACAGCACGACUCGGGGUGGAAUGGUUAUUGUAGAUCAAUCCCACUCAGACCCCUACAAAAUAUUUUGGAAUCCCAGAAUAGAUAAUCGCCCCCUUUAAGUAAAUUGGUGUCAGAUUAUAAUAAGUGAGGUGGCAUUUGCUACCAAUGGGAUCCUUUUCCUUCUUUAAACAUCACAAAACUGAGUUUCUGCAACCCGUCUGCUCCGCAAUUCAGUGUGAUCGCUGUCCUCCUGACAGACACCAUUACAGAAAUGAAGAAUGUUCCACCCAGUUAUUCUGCAUUGGUAGUAAAUGAACCCUCAUUUUUGCACAUUUUUGGAGGCAGUGUGGUCCAGGGUUUGUAACCAGGAGGUCACCGGUUCAAAUCCCACCUCUGCCACUGACUGACUCACUGUGUGACCCUGAGCAAGUCACUUAACCUCCUUGUGCUCCGUCCUGCGGAUGAGAUGUUAAAUCAAUGUCCUAUUGGAAGUGACUGCAUAUAACGCACAGUUCACAGCCUGCCUCUGUAAAGCGCUUUGUGAUGGUGGUCCACUAUGAAAGGCACUAUAUAAAAAUAAAGAUAUUAUUAUUAUUAUUAUUAUUAUUAUUAUUAUUAUUAUUAUUAUUAUUAUUAUUAUAUCUAGAGAACCACAUAUCCAAUUGUCAUGAAACUUGAUAGAAACCUUGUUCAGUUUAAGUUGAAGAUCUAGUGUGUAUCUGUCUGUAUGUAUACUUUUAGCAGGACAGUGCAGAGCUUGAACUGGGAACUAUGAGCUCAAACCUGUUCAGUAAAAGAAACACUACACCAUAAAUGGUCAAUUUCAGUUUCCAUUGUCGCGUGCCAGGAUGUAUCAUUUUCCUUUACAUAACGGCUCAUUUAUUUUGCCCAGAAUAGCUUCACAGAACACUCAAGAUUUCAAACCAGCAGGUUAAAGACAGAAAAGCCUUUCACGGACAGAAUAAACUCAUUGAAAUGGUGGCUUUUUAUGAACAGUAUAUGAUAAAUGAAAACUCUUUACAGAGGGUCAUUUGUAAGAACAGUUUAACACACUGGCAGAACAAACUCAGUGUUAUGCCAUAUUACACCACAAGAGGGUAGCAAAUACAAGAGACAUGCUUUUUGCACUGCAGGAGUAAUGCUUUGGUACAGACUGGUAAUCCCCUCUGUAGAAAAGUACCUUGCUGGCCUCUUUGAGAGUGUUUCUUGUAAAUGCUAUGCUUAUGAUAACACUGUGUCUGACUAAGGGAACCGCUUAUCCAGUUGUGAUGAAAUUUGAUAAGGACUAUGGAUAAUACAAUGUAGAAAUAAUUCUAGUGCUUCUGUCUGUCUAUAAAAGGAGUGCUAACUAUGAUUUCACCAAACUGCUUUCAUUUGGCAACCAUUUAAUACCCCACUUCACUUAAAGAUCUUUGGGUUCUUUGCUUGAAUUUUAUAUUCUAAUUUGAGACAACAGACAAUACAUUAAAAGGCUGCAGCUGGUUCCUGGUCACUAUGUUGUGUAAUUAACCACUGGACCAUUCUUGCAGGAGUUACAUUUUUGCAGUGGCUUGUUACCAGGAGGUUCCAGGUUCAAGCCCAGCCACUGACUCACUGUGUGUGACCCUGAGCAACUCACUUAACCUCCUGGUGCUCCGUCCUUCGGAUGAGACGUAAAACCAAGGUCCUAUUGUAAGUGACUCUGCAGCGGCUGUUGUUGAUGCAUAGUUCAACCCCUAGUCUCUGUAAGUUGCUAUGGAUAAAACUGCCUGCUAAACGACUGAUUGAAAAUCAUACCAAUGGUCUCGCUGUACUUAGAUCAUGUGACGUCAACUAACAAGAUGCAGCAGUUUAUCUAAAGCAUUGUAUUGGAAGCAUAUCCUGAAUUAACGUAUUUGAAGAACCAGUGGUUAAAGAAAAGGGCUUGUAACCAGGAGGUCCCCGGUUCAAAUCCCACCUCAGCCACUGACUCAUUGUGUGACCCUGAGCAAGUCACUUAACCUCCUUGUGCUCCGUCUUUCGGGUGAGACGUUAUUGUAAGUGACUCUGCAGCUGAUGCAUAGUUCACACACCCUAGUCUCUGUAAGUCGCCUUGGAUAAAGGCGUCUGCUAAAUAAACAAAUAAUAAUAAUCUAGACAGCAGUAUCAGUUUAUACCAUAUUUGUCCUGGCUUGGGAAGGGGCAGAUAUAACCAGUAAAGGACCUUUCUUUUAUUUUUUUAACAAUGAACAGCAGAAUGUGACCAUGCUAUCACAUGUGUUCCGGGUUUAACCUCUGCAUGUGUUUCUGUUGUCUGAAAUGAACAGGAGAAUUGCUUGGUCUGAAUGCAUGCUUUUCAGAUUUGAUCUCUAUGGAUGCCUAUCAGGUUCAGGGCUGUAUGUGCUGGGAGCUGUCGUGAAUGAACUGUGGUCUGAAUACUUGUUGCAUAUUUUUUGACCUCUGUUAUGUCAUGGAAACAAUCCAGGGCAGUUUAGCAUGUACUGUACUGCACUAAAAUUACUGCG